AGCUCUGCCUCUAAAGGUUGAGCAUCUAACAAGUGCUUAGAGGAAAAGAUUCAGGAAGGAAGUAUGUCAAAACCUGCAAAGUUUAUUUCAGAAGGUGGAUCAUCAACUAGGCCACCACUAUUUGAAGGAAAUGACUACUACUACUGGAAAGAUAAAAUGGAGCUAUUCCUAAGAUCACAAGAUAACUACAUGUGGUCAGUGAUUGAAAAUGGAGAAUACACACCAUUGGCAAAAGAUUCUACCACUCCAAAGCCUCAAGCUGAAUGGACAACCACUGAAGCAGACAGGGUACUUUUAAAUACUAAAGCUCAAUUAUUUAUUAAAAGUGCUUUGUGCAGGGAAGAAUAUGACAGGAUCAUGCAAUGCAAAAAUGCUAAAGAAAUGUGGGAUACUCUCAAAACUCAUCAUGAAGGAACCAGUCGUGUCAAAGAAACAAGAAUUGAUAUUGGUGUAAGAAAGUUUGAGUUAUUUGAGAUGAAGGAAGAUGAAUCCAUUGAUCAGAUGUAUGGAAGAUUCACUAUCAUCAUAAAUGAACUCAACUCUCUUGGAAAAACAUACACCACACAUGAAAGAGUAAGAAAGAUACUAAGAUGUCUACCUAAAGAAUGGAGGCAUAUAGUAACAGCCAUCACAGAGUCAAAAACUCUCUCUGAAGUUAAAAUGGAGGACUUAAUUGGUUCUUUAAAAGCUCAUGAAGCAAUACUUCAAGAGGAUAAAUCUCCAAAGAAAAAGAUGAUUGCAUUAGAUUCUCAAUCAGAAGAAUGCUUUCAGCAAAAUGAAAUCUUCUCUAGCAAAGAUCUGAUUGAUGAAGACAAUGAAGAAGAAUUUGCACUUCUGUCAAGAAGAAUUCAAAGACUCAUGAUGAGAAGGAAUCAAAUGAGGAGAACAUUUCCAAAUAAAAGAAAUGGUGUAAAAUCUGAAGUUGACAUGAGCAGAAUCCAAUGUUAUGGAUGCAACCAAUUUGGACACUACAAAAGUGAUUGUCCAAAAUUCAAAAGACCUCCUGCCAAGAAAUCAAUGAUGGCAACCUGGGAUGAACUAGAUGAACUCCCAGAAGAAGAAGAGCAAGAAGCAAAUGUAUGUCUUAUGACAAGAUCAGAAACACAAGAGGUAAACCCUGAAACUUGCUCUUCAUGUCAAAAAACUGAACACCUCUUUGAUAAUCUUUUUUAUGAUAGCUUGAAUCUAAAUAAAAAAUGUGAUCAACUUCAGGAAGAAGUAAUCAAAAUUUCUAAAGAAAAAGAUGAAUAUAAAACUGAAAAUGAAUUAUUAAAAGACAUAAUUAAAAACAUGGAAAUUGCUCAUAAAAGAAAAUUAGAAGAACUUAAAGAAAAUCAACAAAUUGACUCUAACAUACAAGAAGAAAACAAAAUACUAAAGAAGAAUGUUUCAAAACUUGAAAAUGAUAUAACCAAAUUUGUAAAGUCUACUAAAACUUUUGAAAAUAUUUUAGGAUCUCAGAAAAAUAGUUUUAGUAAAUCAGGCCUAGGUUUUGAAACUUACAAUAAUCAAAGAAUUUACAAUAAGUUUUUUGUUCCUAAUAAACCUAUAUACAAAUGCUUUUACUGUCAUAAGGAAGGACAUCUUGAACCUUUUUGUUAUAGAAAAUCUAGACAACAAAAUUAUCAUAGGAAAUACUUUUCAGAACGAUCUCAGAACAUUCUUAAAAAACAGACUAGAAGCUCUUCUUAUCAACAUAAGAAGAGUCAUUAUAACACUAACCAUCAAGGACCCAGAAAGAUAUGGGUACCUAAAAGCAUGCUAAAAACAAAUGCAGGAAUGUCUUCUCACAGUCAAGAAGAAGCCAUGGUACUUGGACAGUGGCUGCUCCAGACAUAUGACUGGAGAUAG